GUGGCGCUGCCGCGAGGGGGAAGCACUUUCUCGUGACGUCACUGAACUGCGGACUCUGAUCUCGCGCAGAGUCAGCGCGUCUCUCAGUCUCACUCGUUUUCCAGCAGAAUUCUGUGUUUUCGGAGAUUCGCGAUGGCUCUGACUCUGGUGUCGUCCAACAGAUGUGCCGGCGGCUUCCAGAAGGUUUUUGAGCACGACAGCUCUGAGCUCAAGUGUAAGAUGAAGUUUGCCAUUUAUCUGCCGCCAAAGGCCGAGACCGACAAGUGUCCCGUCUUCUACUGGCUCUCUGGUCUCACGUGUACGGAGCAGAACUUCAUCACUAAAGCAGGAAGUCAGCUCGCCGCUGCAGAACACGGCAUCAUUGUCGUCGCUCCCGACACCAGCCCACGAGGUUGUAACAUCGAGGGUGAAGAUGAAAGCUGGGAUUUUGGCACCGGCGCCGGCUUCUACGUCGACGCCACCGAGGAUCCGUGGAAAACCAUUCAGGCGUACGACGCGACAGCGCUGGCGUCCUCGUACUCCGGUCCUCAGCUGGACGUCCUCAUCGAUCAGGGACGCGACGACCAGUUCCUGUCGGCCAGUCAGCUGCUGCCCGACAAUCUGAUCGCCGUCUGCUCCGAGAACAAGAUCCCGGUCGUGUUCAGACUGCAGCCGGGCUACGAUCACAGCUACUUCUUCAUCUACUCGUUCAUGAACGACCACAUGAAGCAUCACGCCAAGUAUCUGAACGCGUGAGGAGCCGCUGACCUUUGACCCUCAGCUGCAGCAGGUUCUUCUGAAGAUGAAGAGUUUUCUUCAUCUUCACAAUAAAGGCUUUGAAUGUUCA